GAAAGGGAAUGUUAUGAUAUACUCACGUUAGAUUUGUUUACAUUCAUAUUCAUAUGCAAAUUGUUAUAGAAUCACGUGAUAUGUAAAUUACCUCGUGGUAUGUAAAAUGAAUUUUUAUUAAAGAGUUCAAGUCGAUACUACAACACUUGCGCUCUAAAAUGACACUGCAUGCUAAAUAGCACUUGGACACGGAUCGUAAAUCGUUUUAAAGAUCGCAAAUACCAUGGUGAAUGGCAAAAGUAAUAAGUCAAUAGUUCUUAAAAGAACUGUUUUAAGCACAGAAAACUAACCCAAUAGUUCUAAAAAAACUGUUAUGAAACUAAACCACAGAAUGCAUUUCGGCAGACUACUCCUCAGGUGUCAACGUGUGCUAAAUGAAAAGCACGACGAAGUCUCUAUUUUAUUAUACAAAUAGUAACAAACAAUAACAUGGAGUGCUCUCUUUUCUGCAGUGUGAGGAGAUUUACCCUCAUCCAAGAUGCCUGGAAUCAAAAUACGUGAUGAAGAUCGAGAAAAAAUCAACGCGAAGUAUAUUUGUACUCGCUGUCAUCUCCUCCUUGUCAAUCCAAUGCAGACAAUGUGUGGACACUUGUUUUGUCAAUCUUGUAUUAACAUUAUACCUGGGUGUUUUCCUGAUGCUUUUACGAAACGUGAGUUGAAAAGUAUUCGUUUACAUUGUCCUUCUGAACAAUGUGAAUGGUUUGGCAACUACGAAGAAUUGGAAGGUCAUUAUCAAGUUUGUGAGCAUGCGCUCAUCAGCUGCGUACAUAAGCAGUGUAACAUUCAGUUACCUCGCUCUCUCCUUGGUGAACAUUUGAAGAAUGAAUGUGAAUAUCGCAAUGUAAAAUGUGAAUAUUGUGGUAAAGAUGUCCCGUAUGCUUUACUUAAGGAUCACAUGGAAAAUGUGUGUGAGUAUUAUCCUGUGGUUUGUAAAUAUUGUAAGAAAAGAUACCAAGGAAAGAUAUUGAACAACAUCAAAACUAUAAAACGAAGGGAGAUCCGACAACAUUUGAAUGACAAUCUAAUUGAUCAUGUGAGCCUCCUGUUACGAUAUGUUAUGGCAUUUGUUACACAGUUAAGUAACUAUGUACCACGUCCAGAGUUUACCACUGCUGUUCAAAACAUGGCUGACCAAGUUACUGCUGUUCGUGCAGAUCUUUCAGAGAAAUUUGUUAUGUUAGUGGGUAAACUUACAGGUCUUGAAAGAAGGAUUGAGAGUCUCGAGGCUCGUGGUGAUAACGAUAGUAAUAAUGCCAACUCGUCAUUAGAGUAUCGUGAGCGCUUAGAUCAAAUUGAUGAAUCACUAGCUAGAAACACGGUGAAGAUUACGGACCUUGAAGCGCAACGUGGCUCGCAUGCACUGGGGUCGAAUAAAGCCAUACACAGCUACAAUGGUACGUUACUUUGGAAAAUAGAUAACUACAAUAGGAAAAGACAGGACGCCAUUAAUGGUAUCAAAACAGCAUUGUACAGUGCACCAUUCUACAGUUCUCAAUAUGGUUACAAGAUGUGUGUAAUCUAUAUGAAUGGUGAUGGUUUUGGAAAGGGAACUCAUUUAUCUUUGUUCUUUGUUGUCAUGAAAGGUAAAAGCAUUUCACUGAAAGCAGAGUUAGGAUGUAUUUUGGAGAAGAGUGAUGUUGUGCAAGAUAUGAAGGAACGAUGGAAUUUGCACAGAUAUAAAAUGCUGUCUGCUAUUAAAAAUACAAAGCAAAAGAAUGUCAGCACUAUCCUUGAAGAGCUGGAGGAUUUUCGAGUUGAAGAUGAGAAAGAGGUGAAGAACCGGUGUAUAAUGGCAUGUUUGCCUUUUGUGUUAGAUGACCAACGCACCCAUCGAGAUAUGAACAAAAAGCUAUUUUGGGACAUUGUUGAUGUAAGAGUUGGGUUAAAGAUUAGGGGAAGUUCAAGAGAUCAUUAA